AUGUAUCUAUCAAUCGUAAUCACUUCGCUAUGCUUUUGUUCAGUGGCUCUAGCCUUUUCGGAUAUACAUGGUUCCGUGCAAACUCGUGAAGAACAGGCAAAUAGUUUUCGGCCGAUCAGCCCAAAAGUCUUUGUCAUUAGCAUGUUUACCGAUGAAGCCGAAGCAUGGUAUGGGAUUCCGGAGUUCAAUAUCUUAGCCAACAACAUCACUGUACCGGGAAUCUCGCCCCUUUUCCCCCAGGUACACUGUACGUCGAAUGAGGAUGUUUGCCAAGUUACGACAGGCGAGGCUGAAAUCAACGCUGCGAGCACUAUUAAUUCUAUAGCUUAUUCUUCCCUUUUCGAUUUAAGAAAAACUUAUUUCCUUAUUGCUGGUGUCGCAGGUGUUAAUCCAAAAGUAUCUACAAUUGGUGCCGUGACAUUUGCUCGCUAUGCUGUACAAGUCGCAUUGCAGUAUGAGAUUGAUGCACGGGAAAAGCCCCAGGCUGGAACACUGGGAAGCUCAUCACCGACUGAUUACCCCUCCGAAUUAUACGGCACCGAAGUCUUUGAAGUUAAUGAACAACUUCGACAAAUAGCAAUAUCUUUUGCUCAAACAGCCACACUUAAUGAUACAGCUGACGCGAAGAGCUAUCGAGCUCUUUAUGCCUCAACUAAAUCAUUCGCACCAGGGGCCCAACCACCUACUGUUAUUGCGUGUGAUACGGCCACCUCAGAUGUCUACUCUACGGGAGGCUUGCUUGGAGACGCUUUUGACAAUACGACUUCUUUGUUCACAAAUGGCAGCGGCAUCUAUUGCACCACACAACAAGAAGAUAACGCUACCCUCGAAUCCCUCCUUCGUGCUGCUACUACAGGCCUUGUCGAAUUUUCCCGCAUUAUCAUUAUGCGUACAGCUUCGGACUUUGAUCGCCCUUAUGCCAAUCAAACUAUACUAGACAAUCUUCUGGACGAAUCCCAGGGAUUUGAACCAUCUAUUGAGAACAUUUAUCUCGCUGGUAUUAAGGUCAUUGAAGGCAUUCUACAUGGAUGGGCAAACCGGUUCGAGGCGGGCAUCGAGGCUGAUAACUAUGUGGGAGAUAUUUUCGGUACGCUGGGUGGUGAACCUGACUUUGGGCCAGGGAGCAUAUUUGUAGAUGGCAACGCCAAGGUUCGAAAGAGGGGCUUGAGAUAUAAAAAGGGUCUGCGGAGGCGUCAGACACUGUCUUCUGACUCAUUAUGA